CCCCCCCCCCCCCCUCUCUCUCUCUCCACCGGGGUACGCGGCCACCGAUCCCCCACCCCCGCGCCGCCCGAUUCGCCCCCAAUCCCCAACCCGCGCCCCCAAACGCCCAAUCCCCGAGCCCCCGCGCCCGAUUAGCUGCGACGGGAGCGCGUCCGGCUCGAUCCGCGGCGCCGGCUCGAUCGAGCGGGGGGACGCGCGCGCGGGGGGUUGGAUUCGGGCGAGCUAGGGGUUCGGACGGUGGCCGGCGCGGCCGCCUAGGGUUUACGCCAUGGCCGACAAGGGCUGCCUCAAGCGCCUCCAGAAGGAGUACCACGCGCUCUGCAAGGAGCCGGUGCCGCAGAUCGUGGCGCGCCCGCUGCCCAACGACAUAUUGGAGUGGCAUUUUGUACUUGAAGGAAGUGUAGCCACACCCUUUGAAGGUGGAUAUUACUAUGGGAAGCUUAAAUUUCCCUCUGAUUACCCUUUUAAACCUCCAAGUAUCAGCAUGACAACCCCCAGCGGCAGGUUUGCCCCUCACAAAAGGAUAUGCCUAUCAAUGAGUGACUUUCAUCCAGAAUCUUGGAAUCCCAUGUGGUCUGUAGCAAGCAUUCUAACAGGACUCCUCUCAUUUAUGAUGGAUGAUGCUCUUACAACUGGAAGCAUCAGAAGUACAGAUGGAGAGAAGAAGCGUUUAGCUAAGGCUUCUCUUGCUUACAACUGUGAGAGCAAAAAUUGCCCGCACUUCAGGAAACUGUUUCCUGAGUAUGUUGAGAAGUACAACCAACAACUAGAAAAGGAGCAAACUGGAGCGGAACCAGAGCCCCAGGAGAACCCUGCCCCAGCUCCUUCUCCUGCCGCUGUCCAGCAAGCGGCAGCAAUGGUGAACAAUAUAGGAAGACCAGUGGCCGAGGUCCGCGGCGAAAAGAAGCUGAAGAAGCGAGUGCCCUUUUGGCUGAUGGUGGUUAUCGUCUCUGUUUUUGGCGCGGUGAUGGCCUUGCCCCUGAUGCAACUUUGACAGUAAAAAGUCGAAUAAAGUGUGACAGUGGUGCCGUAAUUUUGUAUAGCUUUCUGUUGGUUUGUGCAACUCAUUCUUCAUCCGUGGACUACCACCUUGGAGACAUGGUGAUGAACUCUUGUGAUGGUAAAACUGUAGAACCGUAUUCUCACUCCCUUGACGAGAAACUCUACAUGCUGCUUUAUUUGA